GUCAAAAUCAACCCCAACGACUACGUGGGCGCACCAAGUAACCUAUCAAACUAUGUCUUCUUUAUGAAGUCGCUCUUAUGAUAUUUAAUACCUAAAACCCCCCAGUUCCAUCUCUGCAAAUUUAAUCGGUUUUCCAAAACCUUUCAAUCUCCACGACCACCCGCUAUGAACACUCAAACAAGUUUAGGAUCAGAGAUUCCAAACGCUCACAUCGUGAUAAAGCAAUGGUGGAUUCCAGUCAUCUAUCUUCUUCUUCUUCUUCUGUUCCAAUCGUGUAGCGCAGAAUCAGAGAUCGUCACCAUUGAUGUUCACAGAGCGAACUCUCUUCUCAACAAUGACAACUACCGUUAUCUUGACGUCAGGACUUCGGAGGAGUUCAUGAAAGGUCAUAUCCACGUCGAUGAUGCUCUUAAUAUUCCUUAUAUGUUUAAUACCCCUCAGGGUAGAGUGAAGAAUGUCAAUUUCUCGGAACAAGUACUCCAUUUGUGUAAAAAGGAUGAUCAUCUUGUUGUGGGUUGUCAAUCCGGCGUUCGUUCUGUUUAUGCAACAACCAUUCUACUUGAUGCGGGAUUCAAACAUGUAUAUAACAUGGGAGGGGGAUAUCUUGCGUGGGUAGAGAAUGGUCUACCUGUGGCUGUGGUGACACCCAAAGUGGAGCUCUAAGUCCUUUUGCAUGAUGAUACAAAGUGUUAUUGUAUAAAAAUGUAAAUAUCGUAACAUGAUUGUAUUCGAUUUGAUUAUUUUGGUUAUGUUAUGAAGAAUAUAUUUAUGAGAAAAUGACAAAAAUAGCCAAUUACACUAA